AUGACGAAAGAGAUCAAGAAAAGAAGAGUCGAGGACUCUUUACUGGCCACUAAGAGAAAGGUCCCCGCAUCCAAGGUUUUUUCACCUUUCCGGGUGGUUGGCAACGUUUCCAAUGGUGUUCCAUUUGCGGUGGGUACUUUGGGGUCAACUUUUUACAUCGUCACCAGUGUUGGGAAAACAUUUCAAAUUUACGAUGCAAGCAACCUGCAUCUUUUGUUUAUUUCUAGUCAAGAAACUGAAACUUCUAUCACAUGUCUAGCCACACACUUUCACUAUGUGCUUGCAGGUUUUUCGAACAAAGUAGGAAUUUACAGAAGAGGAAAAGUUGAACAUUUGAUAGAGCUGCCAGUCAAAGGCAUUGUGGUACAGCACUUGUGUAUGUUCGGUGAUUUUUUGUGUGCAUCAGCCAACAACAAUACGAUUUAUGUGUACAAAAAGAACGCGGUGAAUGAGAAGUGUCCUACUAGCUACUACACCGAACUGAAAGUGUCUAGUUUGCAGGGCGGAGAAAUCGUUUCUUUGAUCCAUCUACCAACCUACCUGAAUAAAGUUAUAGUUGUUACCAAGUCCAACAUUCUUCUUUACAAUAUCCGCUCAGGUAAAUUGUUGUUUUCAUCAGACGAGUUUCCCGAUCAGAUUACAGCCGCAGAACCGGCUCCUGUUCUAGAUAUAGUGGCACUGGGUACAGUUAGUGGGGAAAUUAUCAUGUAUAAUAUCAGAAAAGGUAAGAAAGUCCGUACUAUCAAGAUGCCAGCCCCGGUAUCGUCACUUUCGUUUAGAACAGACGGUUCGGAACAUUUGGCUGUGGGAUCAACCACGGGAGAUUUGAUAUUCUAUGACCUAGAACGCCGUACUAGAAUUCAUAUUUUGAAGAAUAUUCACAGAGAAGCUUAUGGCGGUGUUUCUAAAGCGUGCUUCCUCAAUGGCCAGCCCAUUGUAGUCACAACUGGUAAUGACAAUCAGUUGAAGGAAUAUGUGUUUGAUCCAUCAUUGUCUCAGAACGACUCUGAAAGUGUUGUUCAACCUCCACGAUUUUUAAGAUCGAGAGGUGGACACUCUCUACCUCCUACAUGCAUAGCAUUUGCCGAUUCGCAAUCACAUUUCAUCCUCUCUUCGUCAAGAGAUAGAUCAUUGUGGGGAUUCUCUUUGAGAAAAGAUGCACAAUCGCAGGAACUAUCCCAACGACUUCACAAGAAGAAGGAUGGUUCCAGAAUUGGAGGUAGCACAAACGGUGAAAAGUUCCCCGAAAUCAUCACUUUCUCAAUAGAAAAUGCCAGGCAGGGUGAAUGGGAGAACAUUCUAACCGCUCACAAGGAUGAAAAAUUUGCUAGAACUUGGAAUUCAGCUACCAAACGUGUUGGAAGGUGGACUUUGGCAACAAUUGAUGAAGGAUACGCGAAAUGUACUGCGAUUUCCCCGUGCGGUAAUUUCGGCUUUGUUGGUUCUUCGAACGGUGGAAUUGGUGUGUAUAACUUACAAAGUGGUUUGCCCCGUAAAAAGUAUAAGCUGCAUAAAAAAGCUGUGUCUGGUAUUGCAGUAGAUGGUAUGAAUAGGAAAAUGGUAUCUUGUGGCUUAGAUGGUAUCAUUGGUUUUUAUGACUUUAGCAAGUCCCAAUACCUAGGAAAGCUCACACUUAACGCACCCAUCACCUCGUUGGUAUACCACCGGUCAUCCGACUUGUUUGCGGUAGCUCUUGAUGACUUUUCUAUUGUGGUAAUAGAUGCUGUGACGCAAAAAGUCGUUCGUCAAUUGUGGGGUCACACUAAUAGAAUUAGCGCUUUUGAUUUUUCCCCUAAUGGCAGAUGGAUUGUAUCAACUUCUCUUGAUUCCACAAUCAGAACGUGGGACUUACCAACUGGCAGUUGUAUUGAUGGCGUUAGAUUGGACUGCGUUGCAACUAAUCUUAGAUUUUCACCCAAUGGUGAUUUGCUGGCAACAACCCACGUCAAUGGUAAUGGUAUUGCUCUCUGGACUAAUCGAGCACAGUUCAAAUCCGUGCCAACUAAACAAGUAGAUGAAAGUGAUUUUGCGCAUGUUUUACUCCCCAAUUCUUCAGGUGAGGGCGGAGCUUCUGUACUAGAUGGAGCCUUCGACGAUAAAGAUGAGGACACUUCUCAAAAUGAGAUUUACGGGGUGUACAAAUCAAUGAACCAAAUCAAUAAUGAUUUGAUCACACUGUCUUUGGGACCUAGGAACAAGUUAAAUACUCUCUUGAAUCUGGAUGUCAUUAAGCAACGGUCAAAACCAGCUGAACCACCAAAGAAACCUGAAAAAGCACCUUUCUUUUUGAAAAUUGCCGGGGAAAAAGUUGGUGAUGAUGCGUUAGUCAGGGAAAAUGGACCAAAUGCCCAUGGUUCAUCUACUACUGGUGCUGAAUCUGAGGACAAACAAUUAAAUGCAGAACGAGAGUUGGCAACGUUUAAACCAAUUGGAAAUGUCGGUUUCGAGUCAUCGUUUACUAGACUUUUGAGAGAAGGACAUCAAUCAGGCAGUUACUCUGAGUUUUUGGAAAACCUUGUAAGGCUUCCUCCCUCCUCUAUUGAUUUGGAAAUUAAAUCCUUGAACUCAUUUGAGCCCUUUGAUGAGAUAGUGUGGUUUGUCGAAGCGAUAUCAGAAGGUUUGUCAACUAAUACAAAUUUUGAACUUUAUGAAGCGUACAUGAGCUUGCUUUUGAAAUCACAUGGCGAUGUCAUACAUGCGAACAAUAAGAUCCCAAAGAUAUAUGAAGCUUUUGAAAAAUGGAAUCGCAAUCAUUGCAAGGAAAACAGGUUAGAUGAGCUAGUUAAGUUUUGUUCUGGCGUCAUUAAUUUCAUUUCGACGUCUUGA